UGAAUGGGUUUUAUAGGUUUGUGCUAAUAUGAUACAUUAUGUAAACAAAAGUAUGGUUUGAAAACCUCUCCUGAGAGCUGAUGCCAAAACAGACAAGUCCCUGUCGGGUCCCCUGUUCUGUCACAUAAGACAAAUACAUGCUCUGAUUUCGCAACCCUAAAACCCUUCUUCUUUAUCAAGAUUGUUGUUGUGAUUUCGCAAAACCCUUUUCCCGCUUCCGAGAUGCCUCCUAAAGGCAAAGGACAUGGGAAGAAGAAAGGUAAAGGUAAAGGGAAUUCCAAAGAAACAAAAUGCAGAGAUGCUGCAGAACCAACUUCCCACUUGUAUUUCCCAAGAGAAAUCAUCUCUAAUAUCCUUUCCCGUCUCCCUGUAAAGACUCUUUUACGAUUCAGGUGUGUUUGCAAGCAAUGGCGAAACCUCAUUUCUAUGCCCAACUUCAUAGCCGCCCAUUUCCGUCACUCUUCUUCUUUGCAGCUUGCUGGUUCAUCAUCCAUUCUUAUAGGCAGCCGCCAUCAAGAGUCCAACAAUCAUCUAAUCUCACAAUACAACUCGCCGGAAUCAGUUGUCCAGCUGGACAGCCCUUUUCCUUGUUUCUUCCCCAAUAUGUACAUUGUGGGUCCUUGCAAUGGCAUUGUCUGCCUUUUUAAUCCACCUUGGGGUGAAAUGAUUAACCUUUGGAACCCGGCGAUGAGGAAAUAUAAGAUGGUGGAGCUCUCUGAAAGCUUGCCCAUUCAAGGACUGCACUUUUUGGCGUCUGUUGGAAUGGCAUUUGAUUACCAACAAAACGAUUUGUUGAUCUUGAGAAUCUUUUGUGUUGGCAUAACAUAUGCAGUCCCGAACCACGUUGAAGUGUAUUCAACCAAGAGUCGAAAAUGGAAGAAGCUGAAAAAUGAGAUGGUUUUUCAUAUUCUUGAGUUUACUUGCAAUGUGAUUGUUAAAGGGGUGGCAUAUUGGUUAGUUUGUAUGCCUGAUAAAUUUGGAUCACGUGCUGUGUUUGUGCGAUUUGAUGUGCGGAAACUAGUGUUUGAGAAGUUACCAUCCAUAGGAAGGCGUAAGAAGCAUCAAUAUCUUGUGGAAUUGGAGGGUUCUCUUUGUAUGUUAGACUGGGAUCAUAAAGAUGAUUGUCAUAUGGAUGUUUGGGUAAUGGAUGAUGUAGAUGGUUGGAGUAAGAAAUACAGUGUUGGACCGUUAGUCGGAUUUGACCGAAUCUUGGGUUGUUUGAGGAAUGGUGACAUUGUAGCUAAGAAUGAAAAAGGAGUGGUAUUCUUGUGUGAUCCCAUAACUAGUUCAGUCAAGGAAAAAUUCAGUAUUGAUAAUACUAAGGAUGGAUCAUAUGUGAUUGUUGACUAUUCAGAGAGCCUAUUUCUGAUAGGAGGGAUGCUACCAGUUAAGAAGCAAGAUGCUCAAGUAAAUUGGCACGCAAAAAACUCACAAGGGCUUGCUUAGAGUUAUUGAUGGGACAGCCCUCAGAAAUCAUCAGACCUUGAUUGCUCCUUUUUGGCUAACCUCAGAGAUGGCAUGAAGAACUUUUUGAUGUCUUUUUAGUUGGAAAAUAGUAUGCAUGUAGUUGUUUUGGUGAAUUCAUGUUUGAAGUAUAAUACUUUUUUGAAUUCUCUUUGGCUUCGAAACAUGUAUGUUUAUGUUCCCUUUUUUCUUCACUCAAUGCUUGGCCUGUACUUCGUUUUGUUUCGUAGUUAUUUCCAUAUGUGAAACUGGUCUGAUGCGUAUUGGGUGAAGGAGUUAAAACCAAAAGAAUUCAAAAACAGAUGGUCUUUCAAGGCUGAAGCAGUGAAGAGAUAACUUUGCUCACUGCUUCUUGAGCUUAUUUGAGCUCUGUUUCUUCACUGAUCAGCCAUGAAGAAGAUAGAGAUGAAGAAGAUGAAGAAGAGAGGCGUUAGAGAGAAGAAGAAGAUUUUAUUUUUAGGGCUAACUGUGAAAAUGCCCAUUACCAUCAACAGUACAUAGUUGCUAUGUAUAUAUAGCUAAUUACAUUGACUUAACUGACUAACA